AUGACCCAGAUGAAGAAAGAGGAUGCAGACCGGGAAUUGGGAGGGCUGACGGGACUGGCGAAGGCGAGUUCUGGGAGGGUGCUCGAUGAGAGUGGGGAGUUGAUUGAACGUAUAGACGUCCCGGCUGCGAGACUCUCAGGCGGUAGUGAAGAUGUCUUGUAUGAUCUUGCGAUUAGGGAGUUGGUCAAGAAUUAUCGUAAGAAAUCCGGGAGAUGGGGAGGACGUCAAAGUUGUAGAUUUGGGUGUUUACAUGUACUUUUAUAAUGUGUAAAUUAAUGUAUCGAUACCAUGUGAGUUGGAACAAA